CCUCAUUGCUUGGGCGGAGCCAUCUUCAUGUCACCCAUGGGUCGUGAACGACGGCCAUGGCCUGGUUUGGGGAGAGCCAGGAGGAGUUGUGCUGCAUCGCCUGUGGUGCCAGCUCCUCCUCUUGGCGCUGCUCGCGCUGCAAGGUGCCCUACUGUUCGGCGGAGUGCCAGCAGGGAAACUGGAAGAAACACCGGGAGCUUUGCGCCGGCAAGAGCGACUUGAGACCAGAGUUGCGCGUCCAAAAUCUCGCUGGCUGGAAGGCAUUCAACUUUCGUGGCGACCAGUUGGUCAAGCUGAAGCACCGAGAAUGCUUUGGCCUUGCACUUCUGGAAGCCUUGGAAAAGAUGCCUGCAAACUGGCGCUUGAAGCCGAUCAACGGGCGCUGUGUCGUUUGGAUCCUUGGGGCCAGAGACGGUAUCGAGAAGAGACAGGUCUUGGAAGGAGGAUGGCACAGGUUGCUUUCAUCCUUGGAUGUCGGUUGGGACAUUGUGCUGAUUGGACCAGAGAUGGAGGAAGACAAGGCCGUCUUGGUGCACAACGGCACGAGGGUCUACACCUUUUCGGUGAUGUUCCACGACGCAGAGUUGCCAGACCAUCUGCAGCGUCCAAGCUUCGUUUGUGCCUUCAACUCAGGCCUUGGUGCAAGCGUCCCGUUGCACAUGAAGUCCUGGAUCCCGACGCUGGUUCAGCUUCUAUCGCACGGCUGGCCGUUGCUGCUGACCUGCUUCGGGCUCCAUGAGGCGCGAUUGGAGGCCUCAUUGCUGGAGGCCCUGGAGGCCGACUUCACACGACAUGCGGAGGGGAGCUUCGGCCAUGUGCUUGAAGCAGAUAAGCCGCUGAGCGUAUGCAAUGCCAUGUUCAGCUGGGUGCGGGGCAGCAAGCUGGAAAAGGAGCAGCUGUUGGUGGCACAAGACUCUGUGCAGAAGCAGCUCGAGGCGUGUCAGCUCUUCCAGUUCAUGAAGGAGGUGCGGAGCCACAUCCUCAUUCUUUCUGAUCCAAAUGGUUCUGCCCAUGUGGGCUGGGCUGAGAUGUACGAUGGCCGCUUCAUCCCUGCCUUGAAGACGGCCUUGGAGGAAGAUGACGAUGAGAAUGGUGGAAUUCAGCAGAUCGUCCGCUGUGCGAUGAAAACCGUGGUAGCAGCCUGUGAGGUGCCGUGUGCUGCUCGGCUGUUCCGCUAUCUGGGCUUAGAAGCCCUUAAGCGCUUCAAGCACUGGGCUGAAACGAAAGCCUGGACGAAACACCAAUGGGUCUCAGAUGAGGUGCUCGGCUGGGUGGACAGCGCUUUCCAAUGGAUGCAGCAGACGCCUGCCUUUGCCUCUUUGGAGGCCAUGUCGGAGGACCAGAUGGAAAUCCCUUUCAACGCGAGGCUGGAAGUGCGACGGCCCUGCGAACUGCUGAGGGAACCCUGUCGCACCUCACGGGUUGAGACCCGUUUGGGGAAAGGCCAAACCCUGCAUGCACAGGCGCUGAAAGGUCUUUGGGUUCGUGUGCAGUUUCGAGAGAGCUCCUGCUGGUUGCACGGAUAUAGCGAAACUGAUGGUCACGCUUGUGACAUCACCUAUUGGGAUUUCACACGCUUAUCUUUUCCGAAUAAAAAGUGGGCGUUGCGCAUGGUUUCGCCUGCAUGUUUGUUUCCAGCAGUCUAUUAUCAAGAAACAUCAGAAAUCAUUCAAAAACUCCUCUGCAUCCUUGUUCUAAAAAAACGCAGGUUUCUUUGGGGAUAA